GUAAGGGACUGGCACUGGGCGUGCUGGGGGCCUCAGGGAUGUAUGGAGGUCCCAAGGUCAUGGCUCCAGGUAUACUGGGACCAGUAAGCGCCACACUGGGCGUGCUGGGAGAAGCAGGAUGGCCAUGGGGAAAGCCUCGGGGGGAUGGGCCCAGGCGGGAUCCUUCACCCAGCCCGGGAUUUUCCUUUGGCUCCGGCGCUGAGUGGAGGAUUUUGGAGAUUUGAGGCAGAGUAGAGUGAGGAUUAAUCGGGAUUAUUGGGAUAUUAGCUGGAAUAUUAACGGCGGAUGAGGUGUCCGGGGCACAAACACCUGGAAUAAGGUGUGAGGGGAAACUGAGGCACGGGUUGGAGCCAACCCUGGGUCCCCACGAGCCCUCCCCGGGGCUUUUCCGAGGUCGCCUCGCUGCCGUCGCUCUCGCCCCUUUCGUUUCCUGCCUCGGAGGUUUCGCUCUUCGCCCAAAACCCGAAGGGGAAAUUCCCACCCCCAAAUUUGCUGCUGCUCGACUUUCAGGACCCGCCGCUCUCAGCUCGGCGUCACCGCGGCCACCGGGCAGGGCCAGGAGGGUCCCCAGCACGGUGGUUGCUCCAGGUGUGAUGGAGAUGGAGGAGAUGUUCCUGCAGCUCUGGGCAGAGGUGGCCAGGCUGCAGGAGCUGUGCUCGGAGCAGGGGAGGCUCCUGCAGAGGCUGAGGGCCAGGAAAGGACCGGUCCCGGACAUCCCGGUGUCGCUGCCUGUCCAGUGCACGGAGGAUGUGGUGACAGGGGACGGGCAGAGGUCACCUGAGAGCCACCAAAAGCAGCCCGGAGCUGUGACAUCCCACCUGGAGGGUUCUGCUCAUCCCCUGGGACAGCCCCGGGCCGUCAGCAGCUUCCCCCCGAGCCCCGGGGCUGCAGGAGCCGCAGAUUUCGGCAACACCCGGGGGGAGAGGGGGGAAAUGCCCACCCUGAGGAGAACCUGGAGCCCACCCGUCCCCUGGGAUGGAGGGAGAGCUCCCCACGGCCCUCAGCAGCUGCAGACACCAAAUCCAGGGGCUGGGGGCUCCUUCCCGAACCUUCUGGAUCUCUAUGAAGCCCCAGCAGCGCUGGAGGGGGAAGAUGCUCCCCGGGAUGUGACUCUGGUGGAGAUCCGAGGGCCUGUGCAGAGCUGCUGGACGCCGGGCUGGGCGCUGGAGGAGCGGAGCAGAGCUGAGGCUGCUGAGGGCUGUGAGCUGUGCCAGGAGAUUCUCCCCUCGGGACACGCGGAAUAUCUGAGCCACGUUUUGCUCCAUCUGGACUAGGACUCGUCUUCCCAAUGGGAAAUCCAUGGAUUUGCACCUUGAGCCACGGGACAGACUCUGGACAUUCCUGAGUUGGACUCGAUGGCCUCGGGGGCUCCACGGCGGAGGAGGAUUCCGGGAUCCUGGGACUGGGAGCAGUUCCCACAUUCCCCGUUUUCCUUGAUUCUCUGGGAAUGUGGUCCCAGCUUUGGAUCACCCCAGGUGUGCUUUGGGUUAUUGAUCCCUGUGGAUAUCAAAGCCGAUCCCAUCCCUGGCUCUGGAGGAGUGAGGGGGAGCUGCAGCUCCUGGGAAAAGGGAAUUCCUCAAAAUCUGCCAAAAUAUUCCAUACAUGGUUAGGGAUGCCUGGGGAGGCACGUCGGCUUUUGCUGGGAGUUUGGAAGGUUGGGCAGGAGAAUCUCAAGGUUUUUGGGGUCACUAAGGAUUAUUUUAAUUCAUUAACAGUAAUUCGAGUGUUUAUAGCAUUUCCAUCAGUGGUAUCCAAGGUGUUUCCCAAAGUGGGGAAACUGAGGCACAAAGCAUCAGCUCCAAACUAUUCUUUUCUUUUGGAAAAAUCUCAUCUCAGGCUUUUCUAUUUU